GUCCGUAAGGUUAUUGGCCUGAUUGCUGCGCACAAAACAGAGUAACUGCGCAAAAUAACAAUUUAUUCUAAAACUGUGUAACGCGUUGCCUUCAUUCUCAAACUCAGAGGCAAAUCAUACACUUCGAGUAGUUAACAGAGAUGGCUGACAAUAGCAAAGAUCAGAAGCCCGGAGUCUUGGGCAAUGUAUCUGAGAAACUUCAGGACGUCGGUCACACUGUACAAGAAAAGUUAGAGCACGCAGGACAAGUCAUCUCAGAUGAAUAUAACAAAAGAAUGCAUCCUGAACAGCAAGAAAAGGACAAAUCUAAGGUCGAAGAAAUAAAAGAUACAGUUAAAGAAAAGGCAGAUGCUGCCGGAAAUAAAGUCUCAGAGGAAUGGAACAAGCGAAUGCAUCCUGAAGAGGAGAAAGAGGAGAAAUCAAAAACAGAAGAGGUAAAAGACGCAGUUAAGGAAAAAGUAGAGGCUGCAAAAGAUAAAGCAGAGGAGGUGAAAGACAAGGCUUCAGAGGAGUUGAACAAAAAAAUGGGUUCAGAUGAAAAGAAAUAAAAAGGGAUGAUUUUACCCUAUUUUGAGGGUAUCCAGAGUAGUUCAUUCAAUCAGGGACUUUUUCUCUCUAUCCUGGACUCUUCAGGCAUUAGUUGAUAUUAGUCUGUAUACCUCAAGCUACUCAAUACCGGUAUAUUUAUGUGUAUGAGUUCGUUUAUUUGUAUUCUUAAUAUAUUGCUUGAAUGUCAGAUGUUAAGGAUGUAUGAAAAAAAAUUAUAUGAUUUUGGUUUUUUUUAUGUUUUAUAACUUAAUAAAACUAAUAAAGCAACUUGAA